AUGGGCCAUUGCAGGGAACUUCGGGCUCGCAAGCCGCCCAAGCCUGCUCGAAGCGCCAACAACGACGUUUCAAAAACAACCAAGGCCGCCAACGUCGCCAAAGUCGUCAAGGCCAAAGCUGGCAAGGGCUGCAAGAGUGCCCAGGCUCAGGGGCAGCCAAAAAUUAUUCCCCCACGAAGGGAAUAUGCACGCCAGACAUUCCCCCUGUCCAACGUGCGCGGGUGCCCACAAACGGACGCCGCGAUUAUGGCGCCAGCACCGGCACCAGUGCUUCAACAGCAUCCUCCAUGUCCAGGAGCACCUCCAGAGAGCAAACGGGACAGCAUUGCGAGUAAAAUCAAGCGCCUUCGCCCCGUCUCUGAUCAUCUCUUGCAACUUCCCAAGCCCUGCCACAAGUAUCUGAGUGUCCAGGGCCGGAUUUUGUUUGACAACCGCUACGCUGUGCCUCCCCCAACGGUCAAACCGCCGCCAUCAAAGCCCAGUACACCCAGUACAACCAGUUCGGGUUUGGCUUCACCCUCAACUUCAACGUCAACUUCAACUUCACCUUCACGAAAGAGAAAGGCAACCCAGGAGCCCGAGGAAAGAACUCCCAAAUCUCAGAGGAAAAUUACUGAGGACACCUUCCACAGCAAACCCAUGAUCAAUCUCCCCGUCCCUGAUCACAUUCAGGCCAUGCUCGUCGACGACUGGGAGAACAUCACAAAAAACAACCAGCUUGUCCCUCUCCCGCACCCCAAGCCCGUGACCAGAAUCCUCGAGGACUACCUGUCCUACGAGCGGCCCCAUCGGGAAGAAGGCUCUGCAAGCAUGGACAUUUUAGAAGAAGUCGUCGCUGGGUUUCGUGAGUAUUUCGAAAAAGCACUCAGCAGAAUACUCCUAUAUCGCUUCGAACGCCACCAGUACAUGGACAUCCGCAAACUCUGGGACACAGACUCAUCCGACUACAAAUCCGUCUGCGACGUCUACGGCGCCGAACACCUCGCCCGCCUAAUCGUCUCCCUCCCCGAACUCCUGGCCCAAACAAACAUGGACCAACAAUCCGUCUCGCGCCUGCGCGAAGAAAUCGGCAAAUUCACAGUCUGGCUCGGCCGCCACUGCGAAACAUACUUCGUAAACGAAUACGAAACCCCUUCACAGGAAUAUGUAGACAAAGCACGAAGCUUCUAG